ACAAUGUGAUGAGUCUGGAUUUGAAUUACUGAUUGAAUUAUAUCCAAUUCAAACAGUGCUAAGUAACCAUGUGCUUGCGUUUGUUGUCCUGGCUGCAUAUAAAGAGAAUAUUGGUGGAGCUUGGUGGUUUAAUGUAUCACGCCUGGCCUACUGAUAAUUAACCAUGGAAAAGAUCACCUUCUACGAGGACCAGAACUACCAGGGACGGUACUAUGAGUGUGACAGUGACUCCAGCGACCUGCACACCUUCCUCAGCCGCUGUAACUCAGUCAGGGUGGAGGGGGGAUUCUGGGUGGUGUACGAGAGGCCCAACUACAUGGGCUUCCAGUACGUGCUGACCCCUGGAGAGUACCCUGACUACCAGCGCUGGAUGGGAUUUAAUGACACCGUCAGGUCCUGUCGCAUCAUUAGGAAUGUGGGCAACUCGUGGAGAAUGAAGCUGUGGGAGAAACCUAACUUUGAGGGCCAGAGCAUGGAGGUGGCAGACAACAUGCCCUCCUUCCAGGAGCGCUGGCACAGCCGCGAGGUGAACUCCUGCAAGGUGUUCGAAGGCGCCUGGGUUUUCUUUGAGCAUCCCAACUACAGGGGGCGCCAGUACCUGCUGGAGAGGGGAGAGUACAGACGCCACACCGAGUGGGGGGGCAUGCAGGCCAACGUGGGCUCCAUCCGCUGUGUCAAGUAGUACGGCACGUCACCACCAAGGGUUGAGGAUGUGCAUCAUUGUGUGUAAGAAGUACAAAUAAAGUUGUGUUGAAAAUCUAAAAAA